AUGCUCGAGAGAGAAGGAAGGAAUGUGUCACCUUUCAAUAAUAACAAAUACGAAUGGAUCAAUACUGUCGCGCCGGGUUCAUCUGUGAUUAUUGUUGGUACACAUCAUGACCAAAUAGCCAAAUUGAAAAACUAUCGACAGUUGUCGGAAAAUUUUCAAUCAUUGAUCUACCAGCAAUUCAUUGAUACAUCUCAAAGUGAAAAGUUAGGUUAUCCGAAAGUUUUGGAUUCCAUCGAAGUCAGUUGCAAAACAGGCCAUAAUAUCAAGCAACUUUGCACACUAAUUUAUGAUAUCGCUGGACAAUUGUUAGCACCGAAUAGUAAAGACCAAACAAUAUUUCAACAACGAAUCCCGGCGAAGUAUAUUUAUCUCGAAGAAGCGCUAGAAGGACAUCGAUCGAACAAAAAAACUUUCAUUUUAAACGAUAAGGAAUAUCAAGAAUUGAUUAAAGAUAUCUCUGCACACGUUCAAUUUCGCGAUUCACUCGAUCUUCACCAAGCGAAUAAGUGGUUACAUGAAAACGGAAUUAUUCUACAUUUCGAAGAUACAUUAUUGUCAAAUUAUUAUUUUCUCGAUCCGCUAUAUCUCGCUGAAUUGCUAGCGCAACUGGUCGCCAAUGAACAGACUAAUGGUCUUGCAAGACAUGGAUUGAUGAAAAUCAAUGAAUUACCAAAUACAUUCGACGAAUCAAGUGCAUUUUCCACAAAAACUAUCUCCAUUUUACUUCCACUAUUACAAAAAUUUGACUUAGCUCUCACAUGGGAUAAUCAACAUCUAAUUUUUCCAUCAUUACUUCCCGUUCAACUCAGUUUAGACACUAUUUCCAGCCAUUGUCGUGCAGCGAUCAUAUCCUCAUCGAGUGUGAUCCAAUUCAAAGAAAGCUCUACUAAACAUUCGGUUGCUCAAUUGCCCGACGCCAGUUCGUUUCAUUUGAAGUAUUUAGCGCGGAUUAAAAAAGACGACAAGCUAUCAUUCUCAUACAUUCGUCGCUUCUAUCAUUUAAUUUUCGUUCCGACUUGCUUUUGGUCACGUUUAUUCACGCGUUUACUCGGUGAUAAACAACUACAACAAACAUUUACUCAAUAUUUUCUUGUCGACGCUCAAGCCAAUGAAAAAAUCAGAAAUAUUCUUCUCGCUGAAUGCUCGUGGAUCGUUUGUCAAACAGGUUUAGAACUUCGUUAUUAUGAUUGUUGUCUUCUACGAAUCAAUCAAAUCAGUUUAACAUCCUCGACGAACGAUGAGGACGAUGGGAUUUCGUAUUCCUACCUAAAUGUAAUCUUCCAAUUCGACACGGAUGAAGAACAGAAGAAACAAAUCCUACCAUUUAACGAUGCAGGUUCAUUGAUCGAGAUUCUGAUCUGCACAAGUGAUUUACAGAUGAUGAUCGAUUCAAAUGCUGAAGAAAAUAACCCAUACAUAAUCGAACUUCUCGUUCAGCAGAAUACGAUUGCAAGCAUCUUAACGACUCUAAUGGCACAUUUCGAUACAUUAUUAGAAGAUUGGUAUCCGGAGAUGGGUACGCGAUUUGUACAGAAUUCCAAAGGAGAUUAUUUAGUCAAUCGAUUUAUUCCUUGUCAUCAAUGUUUGUACGAAAAUGAGUUGCCGGAAAAGUAUAUCUGUCAGACAUUUUGGUUGGAAGCAUUGAUGAUGUCCGUUGAGAAACAGAUGGAGAUCACAUGUGAAAAACAUGGGCAAAUCUCAGUGAAAACAAUCGCACCUGAUUUGGUUUUUGUUGAUUUAGCAUCGAAGAAUUUCAUCAUCCCAUUCGAUGUGAUUCGAUUGAAAAAGUUGAUCGGACAAGGCACAUUUGGAACUGUGUUUGCCGCGACAUCAUACAAGUCUACUGUGGAUCUUGCUUGUAAAGCAUUUGUACCAAUUGAUCCAGCGAUUACGAAUGGCCUCAUCGAGCAAAUACAGAGUGGCAAUCGAGAUGAUGAAUCCGAGAAGAAACUAUCUUUGCGUGAUAUCGCCAAAGAAUGGACUCGAAAUCCCAUGCGAGCAGCAUGUAAAGCCUACAUUACUUGUCGUCAAGAACUCUCCUGUUUGCUAACAACGGGAUCACAUCCAAACAUUGUACCAUUACUUGGCCUAUGCACUCAUCCAUUAAGUUUAAUCUUACACUACGCUCCUAUGGGAUCACUGGAAGCGAUAUUGAAAGAGUACAAACGAACGAAUACUCAACUAGGGUUUACGAUCUACCAAAAAUUGAUUGUUCAAGUAGCAAGUGCGAUUGCCCAUUUACAUAGUAAUAAUAUCAUUUAUCUGGAUUUGAAAUCAGAAAAUAUCCUCGUUUGGAAUAUGCCACAGCCGCGUUUGCCAUCGAAUGGUCAAGUUCUGGUUAAACUAUCAGAUUUUAGUAUCAGCCGAUUUUUAUCACCGAUUGGUACGAAAGGUUUUGCUGGAACGGAAGGAUACAUUGCGCCGGAAAUCGUGCGUUUCACUGGCGACGAAUUAUAUAGUGAAAAGGCUGAUAUAUUUUCCUUUUCGAUGCUUAUGUAUGAAUGUCUGUCAUUGAAUCAUCCAUUCAGUCGGAAUAAACGUGAUCAUGCAAGAGAAUUAAUUCUACAUGGUUGGCGACCUUCGCUUACUGAACAAGAAUUAUCAUCGCCAACAUUAAUACUUGACUUAAUGGUGGCUUGUUGGUCCGAAUAUCCGAAUGAUCGUCCAUCAGCGAAAGAUAUCCAUCGAUUAUCUAGUUCUUUGGAAUUUCGACAUUUAAUGGAUGUUAUCGAGCUUGGUCCACGCAACUCCAAUGAUUCUGAUGCAUUAGCGACAAUUUCCUAUCGAGAAAUUAAUGAAAGCUUCGAAACGGACAAUUCGACGGCUGAUGACGACGAUAUCGGCAUUCCAACUGCUGAUUGUUGGUUCGUUCGACAAUCAAAACAAGAUGGUCAAUCAACUCUGACCGUUGUUGCUUAUGACCAGUUCAAUGCUGUAAAUCAACAGAUCAUUGAUCUUGGCCAAUGUGAAAUACGCGUUAUAUACUAUCAUCAACGUGAUCGCAUUGUUCUCCUUGCGGAUCGUCAAAAUCUGAUUCGUGUCUAUUCCACGCAAACAUUUCAAGAAAUUAAUCAAUUUCUUCUCAUACCCCAUCAACAAAAUGGUCAUCCAGUCCACAUGACCAGUUUAGCUGAAACAUCGAUUGUGUUUCUGUUAUUAUCAGAUAAUUCUAUAUAUAGCAUUGAUUUAUCAAUACUUUUACAUGGAUCUCGAAGUUCAAUAUCUUCCGCGCAAGAACUUUGUUAUCGUUACGUUGCGAAUGUUUCAUUGCCAACAUUCAAGCUUCUCGCAUUACCAACAGCAAGCGGUCGAAAUAUGGAAAUCUGGUGUGGUUGUUCAUUAGGAAAUUUACGCAUUAUCGAUGUUCGUACAGCUCAACUAUCAGUUCAAUUGUCACAUCAGUUAGUAUCUGGUUCAAGUGCUGUACAAUUACUUUGCGCGUCAAAAGAUUCACCGUACCAAUAUUCCAUAUGGACAGCGAUGAAAACAGGAAGUAUCGUAUGCGUUUGGAAUCAUCUCUCUCGUCGCAUAUCUAAUCAACUUGAUUGUGAACAAAUUCUUAAACGAUCGAAAGAUGAGUCCAAUGAUCUAACCGUUGAUUCGAUUUUACCUACACGAAUAUUGGUAUUUAUUGGUCUCAGUUCUGGCCAUAUUCUUAUCGUCAAAUCAACAUCUAUUCAAGUUUUAUACAUCGUACAUGCUUACGAUCAACACGUUCUACAUUUAUUCUCUCUGUCAUCGUCAGCUUUCUUAUCAUCAGCACCGUCGACGACAACCGCCACAACAAAUGAUGUAUACGAUAAUCGAUUUCGGAGUCAAUUCAAAUUCUUACAGGAAAAAUUCGAACAACACCGAUUCCAACGGGACAGUCUUCGCUCUACUGCACUUUUGGCUCGAUCUGAUAAUUACGAAGCUGAUCUCGAUAAUAUCUCCUACAUGUUAGCCAUUGGUUAUGGAGCUAAAGCGUGUCAAUCCAUUCCUCAAUUGCAACACUAUUCUUCAGAUGCAAUUUUCUUACAAGCAUGGUCAUUGGAUGAUUUCAUUCUCUAA